CCAAGCUGAUGCAAAGCCUGCAUGCUCAGGAUCGGAGGACGAUAUUGAAUAUUGCUCGUGGAUCAUCCCUGACGACUGUCCUUCGGCUGACCUGGUCACGGUUGAAGUGCGCCGCUUCGACCUAAAGGUUGUAAUCUGGCUCGCUACAGGCAUUGGCGUUUCUGUCAAUAAGACAUCUUGAUACCUACCUACAUGGCGUGUUUGGCAAAAAAGACGCACUUGGAGGCUAAGCCAAGCCGUCACCCACCUGACCUUUGAUGUUUCAGGAUUGAUAUAAUUGGUACCUAGGGAAAGGCGAGGCAAUUUGAGCGACGCUUCCUUCCUUGCGACUUACUCGUAGACACGAAUUCGAUUUUUUUUUGUCACAGAUUUUUGUCGUUGAAUAACUAGGGCUGAACGACUCAACUCAAGGGCAUUACAACGUUAUAGAACGUCGUUAACAAGACAUUUAGAAAAUAUGUACAUCGGUCGGAUCAUAGGUGAGGUCAUCAGUUGUCAUAUUUCUAUUUUUUAUUGUGCGAAGGGAGCCUCGAAGGGAGCCGCGAUCGAUUGCAAUGGGGCCGUGUCUUCUGUGACCUCCGAGAGCUGGGCGGUUUCUCAGCGCAGGUAUGACGGUGCGCCACGCCAAACAGUGGGCCCAUUUGGCGUCCGGGUGCCCUGCCGCGCCCCCGCCAGCAAGGCCGCCGGCCGCCGGCCACUAUAUAGGCGGCCGCGCGCGCUCCCACAGCAGACACUCAUCGGUCGUCGACGCAGCCCACCGCUCCGAAAGCCAACAUGAAGGUUCUGAUUGUGUGCGCCCUGAUCGCGGCCGCCCGGGCCGGCUACUACUCCGCCGGACCGGUCGGAGCGCGCUUCAGCUACGGCUACACAGCAGUCAACCCCGUGCACGGCUACGCCCCCGCCGCCACCUACGCCGCCGCUCCGUACGCCGCUGCUACCUACGCCGCUCCGUACGCUGCCGCUACCUAUGCUGCCGCUCCGUACGCUGCUGCUACCUAUGCUGCCGCUCCGUACGCCGCUGCUACCUACGCCGCUGCCCCUUACGCCGCUGCUACCUACGCCGCUGCUCCGUACGCCGCCGUGCCCGCGUCCGCCAGCUCGCAGCACCACAGCCAGGACGAGCUGGGCCAGUACAACUACGGCUACGCCGACGUCAACUCUGCCAAGAACGAGGUGAAGACGGCCGACGGCGUGGUGCGCGGCUCCUACAGCUACGUCGACUCGUAUGGCAUCCCGCAGAAGGUCAGCUACGUGUCGGACGCGCUCGGCUUCCGCGUGGCCGGCACCAACCUGCCGGUGGGCCCGAGCGCCGUGCUGGCCGGCCCGGCGCCCGUCGCCGACACCCCUGAGGUGGCUGCCGCCAAGUCGGCCCACUUUGCCGCGCACAGCCGAGGCGCUGGCCCGCGCCGCCGAGCACUGAGCUCGGUCAGUCGUCGACAGCGACAAUGAGAGUCUCCUGUCGGCGGGGCGAUAGGGCUGGCACGAGACCAGUCAGUUUCGCUUCGUCCCCUCACAAACAUCGCUAGAACAAGUCUGUCUUUUGUAUUAUCAUGUGUACCGUGUCUGUCUUGUGCCGUAAUGUGCCUCCAUAAUACAUAUUUUUGUAAGUCA